GGGCUCCGGCUGCUCAGCGGGGCUCGGCGCGCGGAUUCUGGCGAGGCCCGCGCGGGCUUCCGGGCGGGCGACCCAGCAUGGCGGUGGAGGAAGAGGGGCUCCGGGUCUUCCAGAGCGUGAAGAUCAAGAUCGGUGAAGCCAAAAAUCUUCCCACGUACCCGGGGCCAAACAAGAUGCGAGAUUGCUACUGCACUGUGAACUUGGACCGGGAGGAGGUUUUCAGGACCAAGAUUGUGGAGAAGUCACUCUGCCCCUUCUACGGAGAAGACUUCUACUGCGAGAUCCCUCGGAGCUUUCGGCACCUGUCUUUUUACAUCUUUGAUAGAGACGUUUUCCGGAGGGACUCCAUCAUAGGGAAGGUGGCCAUUCAGAAGGAAGACUUGCCGAAGUAUCAUAACAGGGACACUUGGUUCCAGCUGCAGCAUGUGGAUGCCGACUCAGAAGUGCAGGGCAAAGUCCACCUGGAGCUGAGGCUGAGUGAGGUUAUCACCGACACGGGCGUUGUCUGCCACAAGCUGGCCACGCGCAUCCUCGAGUGCCAAGGCCUCCCCAUCGUGAAUGGGCAGUGUGACCCUUAUGCAACUGUGACGCUAGCAGGACCAUACAGAUCGGAAGCAAAGAAGACAAAAGUGAAAAAGAAGACCAACAACCCCCAGUUUGAUGAAGUGUUUUAUUUUGAGGUGACCAGACCUUGCAGCUACAGCCGGAAGUCCCACUUCGACUUCGAGGAGGAAGACGUGGACAAACUUGAAAUCCGAGUUGACCUCUGGAAUGCCAGCAACUUGAAAUUUGGAGAUGAGUUUCUGGGAGAGCUGAGGGUUCCACUGAACGUGCUCCGCCAGUCCAGCUCCUACGAAGCCUGGUACUUCCUUCAGCCCCGGGACAACGGCAGCAAGAGCCUGAAGCCGGGGGACUUGGGGUCCCUGCGGCUGAACGUGGUGUACACUGAGGACCACGUCUUCUCCUCCGACUACUACAGCCCGCUGCGGGACCUGCUGUUGAGGUCUGCGGAUGUGGAGCCAGUGUCGGCAUCCGCAGCACACGUCCUGGGCGAGGUCUGCAGGGAAAAGCAGGAGGCAGCCAUUCCGCUCGUGAGGUUCUUCCUGCACUAUGGCAGGGUGGUGCCCUUCAUCAGCGCCAUUGCCAACGCCGAGGUCCAGAGGACCCAGGACCCCAACACCAUUUUCCGAGGAAACUCGUUGACGUCCAAGUGCAUUGACGAGACGAUGAAGCUGGCAGGGAUGCACUACCUGCACGUGACCCUGAAGCCCACCAUAGAGGAGAUAUGCCAGAGCCACAAAUCCUGUGAGAUUGACCCUGUGAAGCUAAAAGAUGGGGAGAACCUGGAGAACAACAUGGAGAACCUGCGGCAGUACGUGGACCGCAUCUUCAACGUCAUCAUCAAAUCAGGGGUGAGCUGCCCCACCGUCAUGUGCGACAUUUUCUUCUCUCUUCGAGAGGCGGCUGCCAAACGCUUCCAGGAUGACCUAGACGUGAGGUACACCGCUGUGAGCAGCUUCAUUUUCCUGAGAUUUUUCGCUCCUGCCAUCCUGUCUCCCAACCUCUUCCAGCUCACGCCUCACCACACGGACCCACAGACGUCCAGGACGCUGACACUUAUCUCCAAGACUAUUCAAACUCUUGGCAGCUUGUCCAAGUCAAAAUCUGCCAGUUUUAAGGAAUCCUACAUGGCUGCAUUUUAUGAAUUCUUCAAUGAACAAAAAUAUGCUGAUGCAGUAAAAAACUUUUUAGAUCUGAUCUCAUCUUCUGGGAGAAGAGACCCCAAGAGCAUAGAGCAGCCCAUCCUGCUUAAAGAAGGGUUCAUGAUUAAGAGGGCUCAAGGACGGAAACGCUUUGGGAUGAAGAAUUUUAAGAAAAGAUGGUUCCGCCUGACCAACCAUGAAUUUACCUACCAGAAAAGCAAAGGAGACCAGCCUCUGUACAGCAUUCCCAUCGAGAACAUUCUGGCCGUGGAGAGACUGGAGGAGGAGUCCUUCAAGAUGAAGAACAUGUUCCAGGUCAUCCAGCCCGAGCGAGCGCUGUAUAUCCAGGCCAACAACUGUGUGGAGGCCAAGGCCUGGAUUGACAUCCUCACCAAAGUGAGCCAGUGCAACAAGAAACGCCUCACUGUCUACCACCCAUCUGCCUACCUGAACGGCCACUGGCUGUGCUGCAGGGCCUCCUCGGACACAGCCCCGGGCUGCUCCCCCUGUACCGGCGGCCUCCCAGCAAACAUCCAGCUGGACAUCGAUGGGGACCGAGAGACGGAGCGCAUCUACUCCCUCUUUAACUCGUACAUGAGCAAACUGGAGAAAAUGCAAGAAGCCUGUGGGAGCAGAUCCGUGUACGAUGGGCCCGAGCAGGAGGAGUACUCGACGUUCAUCAUUGAUGACCCCCAGGAGACCUACAAGACACUGAAGCAGGUCGUCGCUGGGGUUGGGGCCCUCGAACAGGAGCAUGCCCAGUACAAAAGGGACAAGUUCAAGAAGACCAAGUACGGGAGCCAGGAGCACCCCAUUGGAGACAAGAGCUUCCAGAGCUACAUCAGGCAGCAAUCGGAGACCUCCACCCAUUCCAUUUGAAGCAGGAUGUCCUGUCCCAGGACGGUGCCCUGAGCUGCAGCAGGGAAGCCGCGGUCUUCGGGAAGGAGGGAACAGAGAGAGAAGGGACCGUAGGGCAGGGGAUCCACACUUCUGCAGCUCUCACUGUAACCGGCGCCGGGCUCACGGGACUUCUGAGGCUCUCCCCGGGCCGUGUCUGUGGUUGCUGGUGCACUGUCUUCACACUGGUGGCCGGCGACCUGAGCUGGCCUCUCUGGAAGGAGGGGCCAGGGACGCCGUGCUUUCUGCAGAGCUUGGGCUUCUGAGUCCUGUGCACUUUCGCCUUUGCUGGGCUCUGGUGCCUGUGCCGUGGGGCCCUGCAGCCCCCUCCUCUCACACACUCUGCUUCAGCAAGACCAGGACGCUGAGCGCCUCGUCUCCUGGGAGCCUGCCUGCCGGCGGCCGCGCCCA